GAUCUCGAAUAAUGGUGACGUUUGUUACAAAUCUGGGAAAAUAUUUCACACAAAAAAAGCUGUCAUUUCGAUAUUGAAUUUUAAGUUGGAGAGUGUUGUAAAAACUCUGGCGAUUAUCUGAUAGAGCUCUGCAAGUACUGUUAAACUCACGGAAAAUGUCAAAUGUUACCUAGAUCUAGAAGUCGGAAGAGAUUUGGGAAGGAAAACAAAUGAACUGUAUUGACGCUGCGGCAGCUUUGUCAUAUUUAUUUAGAAUUCUUAGCAGCGUGUUGAACCGGUGUCUGACAUAAAAAUGGGUGGAGAAGCUGUGGUUAUUAAUAUUUAUGAUAUGUACUGGAUUAAUGAAUAUACCUCUACACUUGGUAUAGGAGUCUACCACUCUGGGAUUGAGGUGUAUGGUACAGAGUAUGCUUAUGGUGGUCAUCCCUUUCCAUUUAGUGGCAUAUUUGACAUUACCCCAAAGGAUGCAGAAGAACUAGGAGAGCAUUUCAAGUUUAAAGAAACAAUCCGGCUUGGCUCUACAGAUUUCACACAAGAAGAUAUUCAGAAAAUUGUUGAACAGCUUGGUAACGAAUAUAAGGGUGACCAGUAUCACCUCCUAAACAAAAAUUGCAAUCAUUUUUCAUCAGCUCUUGUACAGAUUCUCUGUGGUAAAGACAUCCCUAGCUGGGUAAACAGACUGGCCUAUGUGAGCUCCUGUAUUCCAUUCAUAGAAAAAGCAAUACCAAAGGAAUGGUUGACACCUAUGGCCUUAGAACAAAGCAUACAGCACAGAACAGCGGAGCAAAAUAGACAUUAGCAAUACACACAGUACCUCAGCUAACAUAGUGUUAGUAUUGCAGUCAAAACCUUUUAUAAGACUGGUUUGAAGUGAUUUGCUAUGUGUCACACAAUGGAAUCUAUUUUACAGAUACGGGAUGUGUAUUAGCCUCUCCCUGUGCAGAGAAUGGGUUGAAAUGGAGAUAUUGCUGUGCCUCAGACAAUCGAGUUCCUGGUGAUUAAAUGAUGUGUUUAAGAGUCACAACAAUAGUUAUUUGAAGCUGGUUUGAAUGGGGCUCAAAAUAACCAAUUCCUAGUCACAGAACAAGAUACUCUUUCUCAGCAUGGUCUUUGAAGAGGGCAUCAGCCUUUAACCUGCUGUUACAACCAAGACAUCUGGUCAUAUCAAUUUAUCAAAGUCAUCAAAUCUAUGUUGAGAAAUAACAGCAGGGAGUGAUCUUUGAGGGGGUCAAAAAAUAUAUUAAUCAUGUUUCAUACUACAAGUGCUGGGUUGCCAACAUUUACGUUCAUUUCCCAAAAUUGUAUAUCUGUUGGUUUUAUCAUGUUAUUGUUUCAGUUAAAACACCUAAUAUUUAGGAAGGGAAUUCACAGCCUAAAAUGUGUAGACUAUUCAUCACCAAUGCUUAAAUAGCAACCCAGGGAAUUUAUGUGGAACAUAGUAUUGGUUUUUCUAAAUGAUAGUUGAUAGGUACAGGUAGGUUAGUUUAAAGAUCCCCAUCCCCGCAUAUUAAGCUCUGUUAUGCACCCAUUGUGUUCACCUUCAGGUGGGCGUGAGCUGUUGUACCAGUUUAUGUUUGCACUCCACUGAGCCAGUUUUAAUUAAUGGGAGGUUUACCAUCAUUGCAGCUGUCGAAAUGUCACUGUGUAAAU